UAAUUAUUGUUUUGUUGUAGGCCAAGUAUUACAUACAUGUGGAGAGAAGUCAUUCAUUUAACUAUGCGGAAAUAUUACGUUACCACUUUGUCAUUUUGGCUGUUGUGUACCAAGGUUUAACGUUCACUCCUCCGAUAAUGCCGAGUAUCAUCAGACUGGACUUGCUGACCAACGCUGCCAAAAUGUGCUUUUUUUCCGUGAUAGUGUAUGUUAUGUUAAUGGUCGGCUGCGACACAGGCAGGGUUGCCGGCCUGCAGGGGAACAGCUACACACAGCCCCAGUGCAGUCAAACUUGCGGAUGUGCGCCGCAGUGGCAGGAAUUCGCGCCGCUGUGCGUGGCGGACCAAAUGACGACGUAUCUCUCUCCUUGCCACGCCGGCUGCUCCGGUAUAGAUGAGGUCGAUGGCUUACAAGUUUACGCGAACUGUACUUGUGCUUCAUUCCGUCGCGCUACUAUAGGCGCGUGCAGCGGCAACUCUUGCGAAGGAGUUUAUCAAAUGCACCAAAUAUUAUACCCGUCGCUCAUUAUUUUCGCUGUAUUGUAUUUCCAAGCGCAAGGUACUUUGCUUCUGCGCGUUGUGGAGCCACGAGACAAGUCGGUGCUGCUCGGGCUGGCCGGCGCAUUCAUAGCUCUCUUCACCUUUGUCUUCGGACAUCUUAUAUUUAUUGGAAUAAGUAGUAUGAACUGUAUCUGGUGGUCAGGUGGUAGAUGUCAUCUGCACAGCAAACAGCAUCCUUACUCGAUGGUUAUUGCCAGCGGUAGUAUGGUGAUCAUCGCCUUCAUCAUCACCGUUACUACCAUCGUCUGGAUCAAGUUGUCGGAGCGGCGAAAGAAGACUAUAGAAGUAGAGUUAGUUGGGCAAUCACAAACUUAGAUAGGAAUUAAAAGACUUCUUAGAUUUAAUAUGUUUUUAAAUCAUGGCCCAGUGUUGAGAUUGAUUAGUAAUUUUACGAAUUACAUUUUUUAAUCCAUUUUUUUUUAUUGUUAUUUGUAUACUAGUUGAAAUUUUGCCUGUUAGUUGAGACUUCGUGAUAAUAU